AAAUCUUACCAAAAUAAAAGUCUUCCAGAAAAAAAAAAAAAAAAAAAACAUUGAAGCCAAAAAUUUUCGUGAAAGAUCGUGGUUUUUGUUUAAUUAAAAUAUUUUUUAAUAAUAAUUAAUUAUAUAGAAUAAAAAUUAUGCAGAAGAAUUUGGGUCUGGAAUUUUUUAUGAAGGGAUUGUGAUCGGUGUCAAUUUGAUUUGUUCGAGGGCAAAUCUCGGUAGUUUUCUGAUUCUAUGUAACGGUUUUGAAGAGAGUUUUGGGAAUUUGGUGUUUUGGCGUUUGUAGGGAUUUUUAUUUUAUUUUAUUUUAUUUUUGAAAGAGAGGUACGUUUCUUUGAAUGAUUUCUGUGGGCUGUAGAGAUGCGAGGAAGGAAAAAGUACUAGGGUUUGGUGGUGGUGGGAGAGAAAUGGAAGACACUGAGCUUGAAGAAGGCGAGGCUUGUUCAUACCCGAACAACGGCGAUUACGAUGCGAGCAUCGAUCCCGAUAUUGCUCUCUCUUACCUCGAUGAGAAACUUCAAGAUGUUUUAGGACACUUCCAAAAAGAUUUUGAAGGUGGAGUUUCUGCAGAGAAUUUGGGAGCAAAAUUUGGUGGUUAUGGCUCAUUUCUACCUACAUAUCAGCGGUCUCCGGUGUGUUCUCAUCCGAGGACUCCACCAAAAGUUCAGAAACAUAGCACACCCAGAUCUCCAAACAAUUUGCAAGUGGAGGGUUGCCGCUCUAACUCUCUGGUUUCUUCGAGUGUGGCUCAGUCAGGGGGACAUUGGCCUGCCUCUACAAGUUCCACAUCACUCCCUGCAUUAAAGGCACCAGCAGGGAAUGAUUCAGGAAAACAAGAAAUGAGCAUGGCAGCAACUUGUGUUGCAGAAUCCACACCGAGAUUUGAUUCUAUAAACAAGAGAUCUGCAAAUGUACCGGACCAGAAAACAUUAAAGGUUCGAAUCAAAGUGGGUUCUGAUAACUUGUCGACACGAAAAAAUGCUGCAAUCUACAGUGGGCUUGGCCUUGAUGAUUCACCAACUUCCUCAUUGGAUGACAGCCCCUCUGAAAGUGAAGGGAUAUCUCAUGAGCCUCAAAAUGUUCCAUUUGAGUCUCCAACCAGCAUUCUUCAGAUUAUGACAUCCUUUCCCGUGCAUGGGGGUCUACUUUUAUCUCCUCUUCCUGAUGAUCUAAUUCAUUUAAUUGAAAAGGAAAAGCUUUCAAAAGAGGGUAGAUAUGUGCCACUUGCAAGGGGUGGUCCGGAUAGUUUUGGCCCUUUAUUGAAUGGAUCUGAUACAAUGAAGGGUGGUGGGAAAAUUAUGGGGAAGAAAAACAUGAAACCUGCUGAAAGAAAUGAUAAUUCAGCAGAAUCAAAGAAUGGAAAUAAUGGGGAUGCUCGAAAUGGAAUUGGGGGUGUGACAAAAAGGGAACAGGAUCUUGAUGCGUUAAUUUGUGAGGAGCUUGUUUCUAAAACCUUGAAACUUCCUAUUCUAUCUAAUUCAUACUCAACUUCUGGUGACAUGAUACUAAGCAGAGGAAAAAAUAAUAAGGGCAUUGUUAGGGACAAACUAUCUUCUGAUCAAGUAGAAGAGGAACUAAUGGAGUCAACAUUCACACAAGAGCAUGGCUGGGUUGAGAAGCCAAAAGCCAGUUCAGCUGGAAAGGGUUUGGAAGAUAGAAAAAGAAGUUCCAUUGAUGAAAUUCCAGUUCUACCAAAUAAAGAGGGCCAACAAAAAGGAGAAAAAAAUUAUGACUCAGUUAAAGAUGGUUAUGUUGCGAAGGGCAGGAAGGUUUUAAGUACUGAAAUCAUGGAUUCUUCCAAGCAAAAAGCUAAUCAGAAGGCAAUAUUGCAUGAACAACAAACAACCUUACAUCUUGGGAAGGACCAACCAUUUCCAGGGGAGAAAAAGAAAUCAAAAGGGAGUCAUGGCACCCUGGCCAUGGAGGUAGCAAAAGAAAGCUUGAAGGUUGGUUCUUCUGUGGCGCCCAAGACAAAGAAGAGCAUCCACAUGGACAAUUCAGCGUCCAAUAGUGAUUCUGAAAUCAAACUACGCAAGGAUCUUGGAAGGACCAGUAUCCACAGAGAUUUCUUUGGAGAUUUGGAAGAAGAAGAGAAUCAAACAGAUCUAUUAGAAGUGCCUUCGGAAAAUAAGUUGAAAGAUGCUCACAUGGUUACAAAGAGCCUAUCUGCGAUAGAAAAUGCGCCAAAGGAGGGAUCAGGUGCUAAUAAAUUUGAUAAGCAAUCACCAUCAGCGUCAUAUCCUGUAGUGGCUUCAAAUGUAGCUCCGCACUCUGGAAAUGGACCUAUUUCUGAUUCAGCCCCUGCAACAGUGGCUCCUGUGGUGAUAGAAGAAAGUUGGGUCUGUUGUGACAAGUGUCAGAAGUGGCGGCUUCUUCCACUUGGAACAAAUCCUGAUCACCUACCUGAGAAGUGGCUGUGUAGCAUGCUUAACUGGCUGCCUGGAUUGAAUCGGUGUAGUGUUAGCGAGGAAGAAACAACAAAAGCUCUUAUUGCACUGUACCAACUUCCUGCACCUGAGAGUCAAAAUAAUCUGCACAAUAAUCCUGGUGGAUAUUUCUCGGGAGCGACAUUGGCUAAUUUUAGACACCCUGACCAAAACCCCCAAAAUUUUGGUUGGCAUACGGCACUUGGCAAUGGAAAGAAGAAACAUGUGACAAACAAAGAGGGUCCAACCCAGCUGUCUAACUCUGUGAAGAAAAUUAUGCAGGCAUCAGUCAAAAGUAGAAGCUUAAAUGAUGUGAACAAUUCUCCUCUUAUGGCUGAACCUGAUCUUCAGCAGGUAAGCAAGUCUAGUGACUUAUCUGUGGAGAAACAGAAAUAUAAGCAUAAGGAGAAACUGAGAGCCGUUGAGCCCCCUACUGACGGAGGUGAUACUAAAAAUUUGAAGAUGAGAAGCAAAAAGGACUCUGAUCAAGAUUCUUCCAGAGCUUCCAAGAAAAUCAAGACUGAAAAUAAGAAUAUUACUGAUGAAGAUUGGGCAUCCGAUCAUAGCGGGGCAACUGGGAAGGUCCGUCCUAGCUCAAGUAGUGGUUUGCCAGCAUCUUCAUCAGGGAAGGAUCGAAUUAAAUACUCUGAUCGCUCCUCUUCAAAAGAUUCCAAAGACUCAAAGUUUGAUGCAAAGGACAGGUUUCAAGUUUCUGUUAUGAAACCAAAAGUCAAAGGCGAGGUUUCUGUGGAUGAUGGCUCCAUAGAUAUGGGGAACACUGAAACUAGAGAUAAUCCUAAGAAAAGGAGAAUUAAGGAAUUUCAGAAUGGACCUCUCUCAGGUACAGGAAAUCUCCAGGACAGUACAGCUUUCGUGAAGGAAGAGUUUAGUGAAAAUGACUACCGGAAGGAAAAGAAGGCAAGAACUAGGACUGAGGGGAAAGAGUCCAGUGGAAGCAAAGGCAAUGGUAGAACGGACAAAAAGAGUAGUCGUAUGAAGAACCAGCAACUUGGGCAAGAUCUUGGCAGCAGUCUGUCUCAGCGGAGUUUGGAAGGUAUGGAUUGCUUGAAAAGGGAUUUGGGAUCUAUACAGGCUCCUUUGGCUGCUACUUCAAGCUCUUCCAAAGUCUCUGGUUCCCACAAAACAAAAUCCAGCUUCCACGAAGUGAAAGGCUCACCGGUAGAAUCAGUUUCUUCAUCACCUAUGAGAAUUUCAAAUCCAAAUAAGCUUAUGUCAGUCACUAGAGACCUCACAGUGAAAGAUGACUUACUGAAUGCUGGUCAUUUUGCAAAUGGUAGUCCAAAACUAAGCUAUGAUGGUGAAGAUUUUGGUGGGAGUGAUCAAACCCGAGCAGGAAGAAAGGACAAAGCAGCCAUUGUGGCUCAUCAUGGGUCCCUUGAAUCUACUGUGCAUGAUUUUCAAGACGGGGAUUUUAAUCACAUAGGUAGCAAAGCUAGAAAACAGGCAUCUUCUCCUAGUAUUAUAAAAAUCCAGCAAUCUAUGAAUGGUGCUGUUGAUAAUUCAGACCAAGAUACUCAACAUCCUAACAAACCAUUGGACCCGGAUCAAUUUGGUGGUGGAGAGAAGGAGAAUGACUGUCAUUACCGUGCUAAUGGGUAUCACUCAAGGAAGUCUGGAAAAGGGUCGUCUUCACGGUUGAAGGACAAGAAUCGGAGCUCUAAAUCUGAUUUGGACAUGGACAAGGUCAAGAAUUCAGAUGUUCAUGAUGAACCACACAGUUACUCACCUUCAUGUGAAGUAAAACCUAGGGAUGGUAAAAGCAAGUUGCAGGUGAAGUCUGGGGAUAAAUCUGAUGAAAUUGAGAACAAGUUUCUCAAUAGGAAAGCUUGUUCAGGAAAUUUUUUUAGUGAGAGUAGUAAAAGAGAGAAUCAACUAAAUCUUGGAGAUCAAGAUGGUCUAGAUCUGAAAGUAGAUGCAAUUUCCAGAAAAGAAGCUUUUAGUCCAAAGCAGAUUCUGUUGCAGGAGUGCAAGGAGAAGUCCUCACAAAAGUUGGUUUCUGGAAAAACUAAUCAAAUGGAAACAGCCUCUGGAAGGGGGAGAUCACCACCAAUGCCACCCUCAGGAGGGUCUCAAAUUGAUUCACUGGCUCAUUGCCCACGUCCAGUUACUGGUUUACUUAAAGGAAAUGGAGCAGAUACUUUACAAGUUAAUGCAGCUGAAGGUAAUGAUGUUUUGAAAUUUCAAAAACAGAUUCGAAAGGGUGAUGAGCAGAAUGGAUAUAGGCCCAUUAGUUCAAGACAUCCCACAAAGAAUGGACACAGGGUCAGGGAUCUUGACACUCCAAGUCCCGUUAGAAGGGAUCCCUCAGGCCAUGCUGCUAAUGUUGCUUUGAAAGAAGCUAAGGAUCUAAAACGCAUGGCUGAUCGUUUCAAGAACUCUGGUUUGAAUACUGAGAGAACAGGGCUCUAUCUCCAAGCAGCCCUAAAGUUUCUUCAUGGAGCAUCUCUGUUGGAAUCUAGCAACUGUGACAGUGUCAAACAUAAUGAUAUGACACAGUCAGUACAUAUAUAUAGCAGCACUGCUAAAUUAUGCGAGUUUUGCGCCCAUGAAUAUGAGAAAUCCAAAGACAUGGCUGCUGCUGCUCUGGCCUACAAAUGUGUGGAGGUGGCUUACAUGAGAGUAAUUUAUUCCACACAUGCUAGUGUGAGUAAGGAUCGGCAUGAGUUACUGACGGCUCUACAGAUGAUUCCUCCUGGUGAAUCUCCUUCCUCUUCUGCCUCUGACGUUGAUAAUUUAAACAACCCCACAACAGUGGACAAGGUUGCAAUACCUAAAGGUGUUACCUCCCCCCAGGUUGCUGCAAACCAUGUCAUUGCAGGACGGCAUCGUACCCACUUUUCACGAUUGCUUACUUUUACACAGGAUAUAUGUUUUGCUAUGGAAGCAUCAAGGAAAUCAAGGAUUGCUUUUGCAGCUGUUAAUGCAAAUAUGGGAGAGGCCAAAUAUGGGGAGGGUAUCUCUUCCAUUAAGAAGGCUCUUGAUUUUAACUUCCAAGAUAUAGAUGGGCUACUUCGUUUGUUACGUCUUGCAAUGGAGGCUAUUAGUCGUUAAAAGAGUCCAAGUGCUUAUGGAAAUCAUUUCAACUCUAGAAAGAAGGCCAAUUGGUGGAUCCUUGGGUAUGAAGCCUUAAGGUUGAAAGGAAAGUGGCUGACCUGGGUGUCUUUGCUGAAGUUGCUACUUUCUGUUUGAGGCACUGAUUAUCACAGAAGCUUGACUUCUCUGUCCGUUUUUAUAAAUUUUUGUGGUGCUAAAUCUACUUUCUGGCAUGCGCUGUGUGGGGCCCAAUCAUGUUAUUUUGAGCUCAACGGUGGAAGUGUUCUAUUAUCGAUUAAGCCUUGAAAAGAUGUCAUCUUAGCCAAAGGCUGGUAUGGUUCAUCAAGAGCAGGGUUGAAGAUGUUAUAGGUGUAUAUAUAUAUGUACAAAGAUCAAUAAUUAAUCCAGUAGGUGGCAUUUAUUUAUCAUCUUCACUAUAUUUGGAGAUUACUUGAGGAUUGGAAGCUGCCAGUAUGUGCAUAAAACGCUUGAUCGUUCUUUUACAAAGUGAGACUGCUCUCAAGCUUGUAUAAAGAGUGUAAAGAAUGGCAGGCUCAGGUUGUUCAAUUUCUGUUAUUGCAAUUGGGAGAAUAUUUAGUUUGUCGUUGUAGAGCAGAUACGAGUAGUGAAGAAAUCAGCAAAAAGAAUAUUGCAGAGAAAUAACUUUCAAUAACAUGAGAGCUGGGAAAAAAUUUUCAAUAACUUGCUGUUAUGUAUAAUGUACGACUAAUCGAAUCAAACACGCAUAGAUACAAGCUUCUUUAGAGAUGGGGAGGAAGGGAGAUUAUCAUACAUAUGUAUGAAUUCAAGAGGCUUGGGCAACGGGAGUAGUUUCAAUGGAAGCAGCUCUAGCCUAGUAGAUAGCUGAUUUUGUUGUAAAUUUUUUUUUUUUUUUUUUUGGGUAAAUUUUUUUCUUUGAUGGUAGACUUAAUUACUGACAGCUUGUUAACUGAUUUUUAUUUUUUAUUUUUUACUCAAUUACUGACAGCUUGUUAAGUAAUUUUUCUUUUCUUCUUUUGUAAUCCGUGCAACCCAUCUCGGCUUAACAUAACAUUAACAUUUGUACUUUAUUCUCGUAAUAAAAUUUUGUAAUCUGUAAGUUUGGAAUUUA